GAAACCGCUAGCUAGCUAGCUUCAGUUAGGUGAGAUCCCAAUGGGCGAAGAUGUGUGAAAAAGCGGACGUGUCGAUCCACGGUGGAAAUUCCAUCAUUUUGAACCGUUAACUCGGGAAACGCCGAGUUAAAAUGGUUGAUAUUCGACCAGAGAAGCAUCGACAAACUGAGUUUAACGUCGCGAACGUCGUCCUCGCAAUUCAUAGUAGCUUGUAGCGUGCCGGGGGGAUGGCAUUGAAGGACAAGCUGGAGGCAGUGCUGAAUGUGGGACUGCGGGUGCCCAGCAUCAUGCUGCUGGAGGUGCUGUACCGCUGGGACGUCAGCUCCUUCUUCCAGAAGAUCCAGAGGAGUAGCCUGAACAACAACCCCCUUUUCCAGUACAAAUACCUCGCUCUCUAUCUGCAUUAUGUGGGUUACAUCCUCAGCCUGGUGCUCCUGACUCUGCCUCGUCAGCACUUGGUGAAGCUCUACCUGUACGUGCUCACAGCCCUGCUCCUCUUUGCUGGACACCAGGUCUCCAGGGAUUACGUCCGUGGUGAGCUGGACUCGGGCUACGAGGGACCGCUUUACCUGGAGCCUCUGUCCAUGAACCGCUUCACCACUGCACUAAUAGGUCAGCUGGUGGUCUGCACCCUCUGCUCAUGCGUCAUGCAGACCAAGAGGAUCUGGCUGUUCUCUGCCCACCUGCUCCCCCUGGUGGCCCGCCUCUGCCUGGUGCACCUGGAGACCAUCGUGUUCAUCAACCGCUUCGCCAUGAUCUUCACGGGCCUCGAGGUCAUCUACUUCCUGGCUUCCAACCUGCUGGUUCCCUACAAACUGGCCAAGACUGCUUACAGGGAGCUGGUUCAGGUGGUGGAGGUUUAUGGGCUGCUGGCUCUGGGGAUGUCCCUGUGGAACCAGCUGGUUCUGCCGGUCCUGUUCAUGUGCUUCUGGCUGGUGUUGUUUGCCCUUCAGAUCUACACAUACUUCAGCACUCGUGACCAGCCCACUUCCAGAGAGAGGAUUCUGUUCCUCUUCCUCACCAGUAUUGCAGAGUGUUGCUGCACGCCGUACUCCCUGCUGGGCCUGGUGUUCACCGUGUCCUUCGUGGCGCUGGGCGUUCUCACCCUCUGCAAGUUCUACCUGCAGGGCUACCGGGCCUUCAUGAACGACAACACCAUGCACCGUGGUGUGACGGAGGGCAUCACUCUACUGAUCCUGGCUGUGCAGACAGGCCUCAUCGAGUUGCAGGUCAUCCACAGAGCCUUCCUCCUCAGCAUCAUCCUCUUCAUCGUGGUGGCCUCCAUCCUCCAGUCCAUGCUGGAGAUAGCUGACCCCAUUGUGCUGGCUCUGGGGGCCUCCCGGGACAAGAGUUUGUGGAAGCACUUCCGUGCCGUGAGCCUGUGUCUGUUUCUGCUCAUCUUCCCGGCCUACAUGGCCUACAUGAUCUGCCAGUUCUUCCACAUGGACUUCUGGUUACUCAUCAUAAUUUCCUCCAGCAUCCUCACCUCACUGCAGGUGCUGGGCACCCUGCUCAUCUACAUUCUCUUCAUGGUGGAGGAGUUCCGCAAGGAGCCGGUGGAGAACAUGGACGACGUCAUCUACUACGUGAACGGCACCUACCGGCUGCUGGAGUUCCUGGUGGCGCUGGUGGUGGUGGCCUACGGCGUGUCGGAGACGGUGUUCGGCGAGUGGACGGUCAUGGGCUCCACCAUCAUCUUCAUCCACUCCUACUACAAUGUGUGGCUACGUGCCCAGCUGGGCUGGCAGAGUUUCCUACUGCGCAGAGACGCCGUCAACAAAAUCAAGAGCCUGCCCACCGCCUCCGAUCGGCAGCUGGAGCAGUACAACGACAUCUGUGCCAUCUGCUACCAGGACAUGAAGAGUGCCGUCAUCACGCCCUGCAGUCACUUCUUCCACGCUGGCUGUCUCAAGAAGUGGCUGUAUGUACAAGAGACCUGCCCCCUCUGCCACAAACAGCUGAAGAGCCAACCGCAGGCCGCCGGUGCCAGCGCUGCACCCGCCCAGGAUAUUCUGCCAGCCAAUCCCAAUCCAGCAGAGGCUGGGCACGGGGAGCCAGUGGGCAGUGAGGCUGAGGGGGACAAGACAAUAACUGAAAACGGUGUCCCACUUGAAGAAUGCCAGGCCGGCCCCUCUUCCGCUCUCCCUAAACCAGAGGGCAGAGCCCUGGGAACCCAGUGCUUGGAGGGCCAGGCAGAGGGCAGAGCCCUGGGAACCCAGUGCUUGGAGGGCCAGGCAGAGGGCAGAGCCCUGGGAACCCAGUGCUUGGAGGGCCAGGCAGAGGGCAGAGCCCUGGGAACCCAGUGCUUGGAGGGCCAGGCAGAGGGCAGAGCCCUGGGAACCCAGUGCUUGGAGGGCCGGGGGAAUGCUCCGUCACAGGGUUCGGGAGAGUCCUAUCUCCGGUGUCGCCAUCCCCAGCGGUCAGCCGCCUCUUCCUCCCCUGCCACAACGACAUCCUCCAUAUGUUCAGCCUGUUUUUAGUCAGGGCAGUCCACCAUCUUCCUCUGAGCCGGCGCUCCGCUGGAGACCCUCACGUGGCCAAUAUGUAAGACUCAUGAUAGUUUGCUGGUUAACUGUUGGACUUCUAUAUUGCCACUCUCCAGCACCUUAUUGAACUCUGGUUGGCCUGUUAAUUAGUUUGGUUUUAAGCCUCCACAUACUAUGGUUCCCUUAUUUCAUGGUUAUUGUUCCUCAAAUGCAUUUCAUGGUUGUUUUACUUCUAGGCGAUCACACAUGAAAUCCGAUGCAGAAUUUAGUGAUUUCAAGAUUCCCCGAUGCUCCACUGAACGUCCAUUUCAUUUCAGUGUUGAGAAAUCUGCUUUCUCAGUCCUAAAAUCUAAAUAAGUAGCCUUGCGGUUGCUGGAACGGCUCAAAGGAGACGGAGCCUAUAUCUUUCUGUAGCUUGAGGUACAUCUGGACUGACUCUUGUCCCUGAUUUACUCUAAAUCCCAAGGAGGCCGGCAUCAAGGACCGUUACGUUUAGCUUUUGGUAUGACUGCUGGGAUUGAACUCAUGACCCUCCGGGCUCAGGCUUUUGGUAUGACUGCUGGGAUUGAACUCAUGACCCUCCGGGCUCAGGCUGGACACUUACCCACCCUGCGACUGAGUUGCUUCGGUUUUUGACAGUUGCUAGGGUCUUCAUGCUGUGCACCUAUUUGUUCUGAUUACAAAAGCAUCCAUCACGUAACAUUUUGCGGUUUCAUUAACCUGUCAGCGUUCCAGUAUAUUCCAUUUGGCCUGUAUUUCACCCGUCUUGAAUCAAGUGCUGAUUGUAUUAAGGAGUUUGACUCUCCUUUAAACCGCUGUCUGUUACACCACUCCAGUUGUUUCCCCCUUUUCCCACCUGCCUGGUUAGGCCCCGCCUAUUGCGGUUGGGCCCCGCCCACUGACAAGCCCUGCCGCCCAAUACCCCACACCUUGUUCUAGCUGAGGACCUGUUACACAACAGCCAUAUGACUGCUGUUAGGCACAAGGUGGUGUUCAUCUGGUAUGGGAGUGUGUGUUCGAUUUCCAUUUAUUCAUACUGAGGAGAACGGGCGUAGCACUUGAUUUAGACCUUUUUAUGCACGCUCAGGCUUGUACGCCGUCACUGUCUGGUAGCUGUAGGAACUAUCUUGUCGUGGUACUUAGCCCACGUGUUAUGCCGUUUGCACUAAUGUCAUUUUUUUUUUUUUUGCGAUGCUCCAAAGUUGUCUUUGCCAGGUAGCCUACCAAAUAUGUUUGGUAUGUAUGAGGAAAAACCCAAUAUAAAUGUGUAUAUAAACAUUCAUAUCUUAUAAGAGUUUUUAUAUGCCUGCCAUACAGUGUUAAAGCUGCACUACCCAAUAUGAAGUGAUCUUCAGCUUGUGUGAACACUUCAGUGCCGUUCAGUGGGCGAAGUAUGAACAGCUGAAGAUCGCAGAUGGUGAGAGGUGUUAGCAAGAACUUUACCUUCAAGUGUUAUUUUGGCAUUUGUUGCAGUUUUGAGAAUGAAUACAUGUUCUAUGUAUGAUCAAACUGAAAUGCUCCCUUGAAAUUUGAUUUGUAUUGAGUUGGUGGCUUUUGCACAUUUUCUUGAAGGUAGACUGAGCGAAAUGGCCAAUAGUGUGAAUAGUAUUUUACAUACAUCAUGACAUUUGAAAUGCAUUCCUGUUAGGAGUAAAAUGUUUGUUUUGGACAAGCCCUGCAAUUUCCUUCUGUUUUCAUUCUUUUUAUGUUUUCUUUUUAAUACAAAUAGAAUGAUAUACUCUGUGAAUGCUGAUUUCCAGUCAAAUUUCUGUAUAGUUUAUUUGCCUGGGAUCGCCUUUAUUUGAAUAAACUGAAUGUCAAAUAAAUUCAGCCAUCCAAUUUUAA